CGCAAGUAAUAUCAAUAUAGUGACGACAAGUGCUAAGACUAUCAGCAGAGAUUCGAGCAAAAUUGAAAGUCACGUGACAAUCGAAAGGGAAAAUAUUUUUAUUAAGGAGUAAAGGAAAUUUAAAUAAAUUGUGAAAAAAAAACAUUUAAAAUGGACUGUAAUCCACCACCACCUCCUGAACUUUUAACUGAUAAUAAUGAACUAGUUCCUGACAAAAUAGGGGAAACAGUAUUUAGCAAACAUUGGCUUUUCCAAUCUUUGAUAUCUGUUAUGCAGGCUGUAGAGAAAGAAAAUAAAACUGAAAAUGAUGUUUUGGAAUUAGACUCUGAACUAGAAGAGAAAAUUUGCAUGCUAUGGGAUAUGUCUUCCAAUAAAGAUAUUGCUCAUUUUUUACUUGAAAAUAAAGCAAUUGAAAUAUUUUUGGAAAUGAUUAACAUGACUGUUUCACCUCGGCUUGUAGAAAUAAUCGUGGGAAUAUUAGGAAACAUGGCAUUCUUUGGAGAUAUUUGUGAAUAUAUUACCAAGAAUGAUAAAUUAGUUGAACAAAUAAUUACACUUGUUGGAUCAACAGAUCCUCCGAUUUUAGUACAAGUUAUUAGGUAA